AGGCGCUUUACGGCGACGGCGGCUGAGUGUGAACCUUGGCGGCGGUGGAGGCGGCCGCGGCGGCGAAGGAGGCGGCGGCGGCGGCGGCUGAGGAGGAAGAGGAGUGGCGGCAGUGGCGGCGGGGACCUGUGCGGGGAUGGCGGAGGUACCGCCUGGGCCUAGCAGCCUCCUCCCACCACCAGCACCUCCGGCCUCGGCGGCGGCCGAGCCCCGCUGUCCCUUCCCGGCGGGGGCCGCCCUCGCCUGCUGCAGCGAGGACGAGGAGGACGACGAGGAGCACGAAGGCGGCGGCGGCAGGAGCCCGGCGGGCGGCGAGGUGGCGGCGGCGGCGGCCAAGGGGCAUCCGUGCCUCCGCUGCCCUCAGCCGCCGCAGGAGCAGCAGCAGCUCAACGGAUUGAUCAGCCCCGAACUGCGGCACCUCCGGGCGGCCGCCUCCCUCAAGAGCAAGGUUUUGAGCGCGGCCGAGGCGGCCACGACCACGGCCACCCCCGACGGGGGGCCCAGAGCGACUGCAACAAAAGGAGCUGGGGUACGCUCGGGCGAGAGCCCCCCUCACUGCCUCCCCAGUAAUGGAAGAACUGCGCUCCCCAGCCCGGCGGAGGCAGUGGCGGCGAGCGAUCCUGCGGCGGCCCGCAAUGGACUGGCGGAGGGCACCGAGGAGGAGGAGGAAGAGGAGCAGGUGCGGCUGCUGUCUUCAUCCCUGACCGCCGGCUGCAGUUUGAGAAGCCCCCCGGGCAGGGAGGUUGAGCCCGGGGAGGAUCGGACGAUACGUUAUGUCCGAUAUGAAUCCGAGCUACAAAUGCCCGAUAUCAUGAGACUGAUCACCAAAGAUCUGUCUGAACCCUACUCCAUUUAUACCUAUAGAUAUUUUAUCCACAACUGGCCACAGCUGUGCUUCUUGGCCAUGGUAGGGGAGGAGUGUGUAGGUGCCAUCGUUUGCAAGUUGGAUAUGCACAAAAAGAUGUUCCGCAGAGGUUAUAUAGCCAUGUUAGCCGUGGAUUCCAAAUACAGGAGAAAUGGCAUUGGUACUAACUUGGUUAAGAAAGCUAUAUAUGCCAUGGUUGAAGGAGACUGUGAUGAGGUUGUUUUGGAAACAGAAAUAACGAAUAAGUCUGCUUUGAAACUUUAUGAAAAUCUUGGUUUUGUUCGAGAUAAGAGGCUGUUCAGAUACUAUUUAAACGGAGUUGAUGCACUGCGACUUAAAUUGUGGCUGCGUUGAGAAACUGAUAUCAAGGAACAACUUUCCAACCACGCAGAAUCGACCUUUGCAUGCAAUGCAAUUUGUACAGAAUUGCUUUGCAGGUGGAUUUAGUAAUUUCCAUGCAGCUCUUAUCUGUCAGUGUCUCAUUGAGUGUCGCACAAUAUUUGUUGCACUUUGGCAUGGCGCAUUUGUUCUGAAUUAAAAGAGAUUGUUUUAAACUUAAAGAGUUCUUUUGGUACCAGCAAGAUGUGCCAGUUGAUAGCCAAGAUUUGUUUGUUCAUUUGCAAAGUCUGCUGACAAUGUUAUUUACACAGUGAUCAUUUUGUCACAGAACCAGUAAGUGGAACAUGAUUUUUGUUCCUUAAAAAAGCCAAUGUAGACUGUAAAAAUCUCUAAGUAUACUAACAUUUCACAUGAAACCUGCCAUAGUUUUCUGAAGGGGGUGGGGGAAAAGCUUCAAUUUUAGGUUUUAUUUUUUCAAUAUUAAAUUUUCCAUUCUUGGAUAUUGGUACCUCAGUGAUUAGUGAAUGAAAAACAAAUGUUAUGUAGGGUUGGGUGUGUCUUACAAUGAGUAAAGAUAACAAUUAAAUCGCGUCUGCCAGUGCCUGUGUAGAUAAGUAUAUUUGUCUUCAUCUCUAGUUUUUGAAUGCAUGCUAUCUUUUCCUUUUCUUUCAGGCCUUUGCAAGCAAACUUUUGUUUUUAUUUAAAUUCUAAAUUUGGUAAUAAAUUAUUUCAGAUUUUUAUAAUUUGGAUACUUUUUUCCAGGUGAGUGACAGAGUGGUUUACUGUAAAGUCCCGUCUUUCCUUACAGUAAGAAGUUGAAUCUUCUUGGAAAAUCUUUGAGAAAUGACUCAAAAGGGCUGAGAAAAGUUGAUGGAGCCGGGAAUUGCUGGGUUUUGGAUGCACUUUUUUUUUUUGAGAGUGAGGGAAGUUUUGGAAAAGAAUAGAAAAUUAAUGUAAAUUGGUAUGAUUUUAUUUAAUCAAAAUUAUUGCUAAGCUGUGAAAAACAGCUUUUACAAAGUAGCUGGAACUUUUUUCCCACUUGAUUUGGAUUCACAUUGCUUCCAUUUCUUAAAAUGUUUCACUUUUGGUUCUUGGUCUUGGAAAUAAAUUUGAAGGUUCAUUGUAUCCAUUUUAAGCUGAUUUUAUUUUAUUUUCACUUAUUUAAGCAAAUUCUUGGGGAAGCUUUGCUUAGUUCCGAGAAAAACAAAAGGGAAAAUUGGAAUUUUUUUUGGAGUGAGUUCCAUGGGUUUUCUUAAUAGUUAUCUCCGUGUUCAGUUACAUUGUAUUUUGGUCAAUCUGUGCAGUGUACCAAAUUUUUAAGUUAAUUGCUUUCAGUUGAGUCAGGAAACCUGUGAUGGAUAAUUUAACUGGAAAACCUAGGUACCCAU